GAUAGUCCCUAGUCCAUAUCUAUCUGGUCCUCAAUAUGCAUAAUAGGUCCAGGCAAGUACCGACCGGCCGAGCUAUACCAUGGAUCCCUAUAGCAAGCACAUUAGUCUAGUAUACCUACUCUGUCUGGCUGCUCAGCAUGUCAGUAUGUACAUAUCGGUCUGUCCAGCCCGGUCGACUACACAUAUCUACUCGACGAACUCCUCCAUCGAGCACACCUCUAUCCGUCCGUAAGUACGUUUGUCUUUCAGAAACAUACCGACUACUAGACUACUAUCACCAUUACUACUACUGCUACUGCUACCAUUACUACAACCACCACCACCACCUACUACCUACUACUCACACACUCCCCCCCUCCUCCUCCUCCUCCACCUCCAUCCAUCUUCAUCCUCUUAUUCGUCUCCUCCCACCAGGAGAUCUGAAUUGAUUACUCGUUACUCCUUCCCUGAUCGGCCCUGGUGCCUGCGCCCUGACCUGUCCCUUUUUUUUUUUUUUUUCCUAUUUAGUAUUUUAUU